AAAAUUAAAUUGAGCAGGCGAUAGAAGAGCAUCCCACUCAAUCAUGAUUAUUAGUGCGUGUUCUGUAACAAUUAAUUCCUGCAAGUGUGUUUUUUGAAUUGUAAAAAUAAAGUACAAAGCCUUCGAGUGUAAUCUGACAACGUACAAUUAGUGUAACUCUGUGAAAAGAAUGAUAAUACACUCAACUAAAGGCAGCUUGGCUAUGCUGAAAAUACCAAUACAAAAUCGUUUUUAGACGUGCGUCGAGCUAUUCCUGUGUUUUAUUAAUAGCCAUUGCUCCUAUUCCUUAUAAUAAUUUGCCAAAAUGGAGGAUGUAUUUCAAUGGUGUCGAGAGGGAAAUGCGAUGCAAGUUCGGGUCUGGUUAGAUGACACUGAACACGACAUGAAUCAAGGGUAUGUGGCGAUCAGUUCUCCUUUUUUGGUCUGA